CUACAUUUUUUUCGUUGGACCCACCAUAUCAUAUCGUAUACUCGAUUGGCGUCAACUUUUGAAUCUUUCUUCCUCAAAGAUUACCUUCAUUUCAAAAUCUCAAAGCAAAGAUGGCUUCCAACGUUGAGCAGCCCGAGGCCCCUCAUAAGAACUUCGACACAAUCCUAGUCCUCGACUUUGGCUCUCAGUAUACCCAUCUCAUUACGAGACGCCUACGAGAGAUUAAUGUUCUGGCUGAACUUCUCCCUUGUACUACCAAAUUAGCAGACCUUCCUUUCAAGCCAAAGGGAAUCAUUCUCUCCGGUGGCCCUUAUUCGGUUUACGAGAAGGACGCCCCACAUGUUGAUCCUGCAUUCUUCGAGCUCCCAAACACCCCAGUUCUCGGCGUGUGCUACGGCUUACAGGAGCUUGCCUGGAGACUGUCGCCAGAAAAUGUCGUUGCAGGCACUGAGCGUGAAUAUGGUCAGGCAGACGUAACGGCCCAGCGUCAUGGAGGCCAUGUGGAUAAGCUCUUCGAUGGCCUAGAAGACGCUAUGCAAGUAUACAUGUCUCAUGGUGAUCGUCUAAGCCAACUCCCUGAAGGAUUUUGCACCAUCGCAACAACCACCAACUCGCCAUAUGCUGGAAUUGCACACAAAGAGAAGAAUAUAUAUGGCAUUCAAUUCCACCCGGAGGUAACUCAUACGCCAAAGGGCAAAGACCUGCUGCGAAACUUUGCUGUUAAGAUCUGCGGAGCUAAGCAAAACUGGUCCAUGUCCAACUUCUGUGACCAAGAGAUCGCUCGCAUUCGAAAUCUUAUUGGACCCACUGCACAGGUGAUCGGAGCGGUUUCUGGUGGCGUUGACUCAACUGUUGGCGCAAAACUACUCAAAAACGCCAUCGGAGAUCGAUUCCAUGCAGUGCUCAUUGACAAUGGUGUCAUGCGUCAUAACGAGUGUCAACAAGUCAAGGAGACGCUUGCCAAGCAUCUCGGUAUUUCCCUCACAGUAGUAGAUGCGUCUGAGCGAUUCCUUGGUGCUUUGAAGGGUGUUGAAGAUUCAGAGAAGAAGCGAAAGAUUAUCGGUGGUCUCUUCAUAGAUCUCUUCGAAGAGGAGGCAAUCAGAAUAGAGAAGGAAGCCGAGAACACACCAAACGCCGGUAAAGUGGAAUGGUUUCUCCAGGGCACUCUAUAUCCCGACGUUAUUGAGAGCAUAUCCUUCAAGGGACCCUCAGCAACCAUCAAGACUCAUCAUAACGUGGGAGGACUGCCGCAGCGAAUGAUUGAUGGCCAGGGCUUGAAGCUUAUCGAGCCCUUGCGCGAACUAUUCAAGGACGAGGUCAGGGCGCUUGGCCGAGAACUUGGAAUACAUGAGGAUCUCAUCAUGCGACACCCUUUCCCGGGUCCUGGUAUCGCGAUCCGAAUUAUCGGUGAAGUUACCCCUGAGCGAGUCAGAAUCGCCAGACAAGCUGAUCACAUAUACGUAAGUAUGAUCAGGGAAGCAGGUCUGUAUAACAAGAUCAGCCAAGCCUAUGCUGGACUCGAUACGAACAAAGCAGUGGGUGUUAUGGGCGACAAGCGUUAUGAAGGAUACAUAAUCAUCCUCCGCGCGGUGGUAACCACCGACUUUAUGACUGCGGAGCCCUACCCUUUCAGCAUGGAAUUCCUGUGCGAGCUAUCUCGCAGGAUCGUCAACGAAGUCGAAGGCAUCAGCUUGGUUACGUACAAUGUCACAAGCAAGCCGCCCGGCACAAUCGAGUUGCAGUAGUUGAAUGCUCAGCGGUGCAAGUAUUCAAUAUCAUAUUAGAAUAGGACACUUUCACAAGGCGGUGUUUUACCUAGGAUAAAUAAAUAUGAUGAAGUAAGAAUAUGAGUGGUAGUGAGAAUGUGACUUUCGAUGAUACCGAUCAAAUAUGCUUACCCCUGGAUACUUGAAGUUUAGAAACGCUUACGUAAGAGUAUACCAAUAUUCCAAGCUACAUCAAUGUUAAUG